AUGGCUCCUGGGCGUAAAAGAGGAGGGAGCAAGAACAAGGCCAAGGGUCAGUUGAUUCUAGGUGAUCUCGUACUUGCCAAAGUCAAAGGCUUCCCUGCUUGGCCUGCUAAGAUCAGCCGGCCUGAAGACUGGGAUCGUGUGCCAGACCCAAAGAAGUACUUUGUUCAGUUCUUUGGAACACAGGAAAUAGCUUUUGUUGCACCGCCUGAUAUCCAAGCCUUCACUAGUGAGGCAAAGAGCAAACUAUUAGCAAGAUGUCAAGGUAAAACAGUAAAGUACUUUGCACCAGCUGUAAAAGAAAUCUGCACCGCAUUUGAAGAGUUGCAGAAUGACAAGUCAAAUGUUUUGGACAAUGAUGAUUCUCUGGAUGCUGCGGAGCCUGGUUUGACAAAGGCUGAGAUAGCAGAUGGAACAGAUCAUACGGUCACCGAGUCUGAUGAAACUGAUACGGCGGAUCCUUGCUUCCACAAAUUAGAUAAGAAUAAUGGUGAAGAGAAUAAGGCUGAGAUAAGGAAGCGAGAGUCAACUCCAGUUCUGGAAUCAAAGACCACAUCCUCGAGUAGCGAGUCACUGGAGCAUGGUUCAUAUGACCCUAAAAUAAAGGAAGAAGAUUUUAAGAAAGAAAGUGACGGUGAUGCUUGCACUGAACAUCUUGGUAAUGGCCAAAAGAAUCCGGCAAAUGGUAAAGGAAUAAAGAAGACAGCAGGCGGUUCGGAUAAAAGAUGUGAAGAUACAGUUCAUCGAGACAAAAACAGUAACUCACAUGUGCCUGAUGGUCGAGCUGCUAGUAGUAAAUCUGAUUCCAGAAAGUCAAAAGGUCUGUUGACAGAGAAAUCUAGCUCCAAAGUGUCUGGUGAUAAGCAUGAAAAUUCACCUGGCUUCAAGGGUGGGAUUUAUGGAAAGAAAAGGAGGCUUGAAAGUGAACUUGGAAAACCUGCACCAAGAGUAGAUGAAAGCUCACGUGCUGCCAAAAAGCUGCGAUGUGAAGGUGUGAAUGAUAAAAAAGAGUGUAAAAGCAAGCGUGUUAUUCCUGUUGAUGAAGACAAAGCUGAGGAACUUAAUUCCACUGGGGAUGUAUCAGAUAUUAAGCGCGAAAUUGUCUUAGGAUUAAGUGCUCGUGGAGGAGAUUUACAAUAUGAUAAAGAAGUAGUUGCAUACACAAAGCGCCGCAGAAAAACAUUGGAGCAUGCACCUGUUUCUUCUUUUUCUGGGUCUCGUGAUAAUUCGGGGAAAGGUCAGCUGGAACAGAAAGACCGUUACUCUUCUGUUAGAAACGUUGAAGUUCCAGCUGCAAAGUCGCUGAAAAAACGAAGGGCUGUUUGUAUCUAUGACGAAGAUGAUGAUGAAGAUCCAAAAACCCCAUUACAUGGAAGACAUGUUCCCAAAGCAACAUCAGGUUUGACUGAUGGCCCCAAAAGUUCUAAUGUGUGUCACAAUACUUCUACUAAACCUAAGAUGUCUGCUGGAUCUAGAGAGAUUACUGAACUAAGGAAAGCACCUCUGCGUAAACAUUGUGAGGAUGCUUCACGUGUACUACCAGAUAAUGUGGAGAAACCUACUAACAGCUUGCCUAUGGUAAAACCCAUCAGUGAAAUGCCGCCAAAGGAUGUCAAGCAGAUCUUGCGAUCUCCUAAGAUGUCCCCUCAGCUUGUUUCAGCUAACAAGCACGUAGCAGGACAGCAAAAAGCUACAAAAUCUGUGAACAUUUCUGGUGCUGGGAUGGCAAAGAAGACUCAGAUUGAUUCUCGUAAGGAUGCAGUUGCGGGUCCUGAUAAAGUAAGCUCUUCUCAAUCUCAGCCAGCAAAUCAGGGACUCAAGACAGGCUCAGUUGGAGAGAGGCCAACAGGGGUUUCAAAAGCUGCAUUGCGUUUGAUUGAUGCUAGUGUGUCAAGAGACGCUUCCAAGGACUUGUCAGCUGGCAUGCUUGAUUUCAAUCGAGAAAAUUGGAGUGCUCCAUUGAUCAGUGCGAGGACCCCAGACUCGGCUGCAUCUAUGAAGGAUCUAAUUGCUGCUGCGCAGGCAAAAAGAAAACUAGCACAUUCUCAAAAUUCAAUUUUUGGGAAUUUGAACCCUAGUUUCUUGAGCAUCAGUGAUACACAGAUGAGGAGCCAUAGCCCAUUUAUGGCUCAGAAUGCUCCAGCUUCUGCUGGCAUGGCAAUGCCUUUAGCUGUUCAAGGACAUCAACAAGAUUCUUCUCCAUCAAAUCAUGGGCAUCAGUCCUCAUCAAGAAAUCAAAUUGAGACUGAUGAUAAUGAAGAGAGAAGACUUAGUUCAGGGCAUAAGUCAGUUGGAGGUUCACUUAGUGGUGGCACUGAGGCUGCUGUUUCUCGGGAUGCUUUUGAGGGCAUGAUAGAGACCUUAUCAAGAACUAAGGAAAGUAUCGGACGUGCAACACGCCUAGCAAUUGAUUGUGCAAAGUAUGGGAUUGCCAGCGAGGUGGUGGAACUUCUCAUACGAAAGUUGGAAAGUGAGCCUCACUUCCAUCGUAAAGUGGACUUGUUCUUUCUCGUCGAUUCUAUUACCCAGUGUUCGCAUAGCCAAAAAGGUAUUGCUGGUGCUUCUUACGUUCCUACUGUGCAAGCAGCUUUGCCACGUCUUUUAGGUGCUGCUGCUCCUCCAGGGACUGGUGCUCGUGACAACCGACGCCAAUGUCUCAAGGUUCUGAGGUUGUGGCUUGAUCGGAAAAUUUUCCCUGAAUCUCUUCUGCGUCGCUAUAUUGAUGAUAUUGGAGCUUCUGGUGAUGAUGCAACCGUUGGGUUUUCCCUGAGACGUCCCUCUAGAUCUGAGCGUGCUGUAGAUGAUCCUAUAAGGGAAAUGGAAGGGAUGCUUGUUGAUGAGUAUGGCAGUAAUGCAACUUUUCAGCUGCCCGGGUUUUUUCCUUCUCACACUUUUGAAGAUGAUGAAGAAGAUGACGAUCUUCCAACAUCACAAAAAGAGAAAAGUACAUCUGCUGUGGAAGAGUUGGAAAUACCUGAUACUUCGAGUGAUAGACGACAUCGAGUUUUGGAGGAUGUAGAUGGUGAACUUGAAAUGGAAGAUGUAGAUGGUCAGCGGAAAGAUGUAGCACCUUCCUCUGUCUGUGAGAGUGAGGCAAAGGAGCAGUCAUCGGAUGUUAGAAAACUAGCUGCAGAAAAUUCAACUGAGCCUAUAGCUGUACCACCAUCAUUAACAACUCAACCAUCCAUAGCGAGCCAUCAUCUGUUACCACUUCAACCAGGAUUUCCUCCUCCAGUAUAUCCAUUAUCGCAUCAAACAUACCCAGGAUCUAUGCAGCCUGACCACUGUAGCAUUUUCAUUGGUGAUCAAAUUGUCCAUGGGGCUAGAAGUUCUUCACAUGCAAGUCAUGUUGAGGGUGCUGGAAAAACCGAAUUUUUCGUUCAGCAAUCAUCUAGUUUUUCUCCAGCAGGAGUUUCCAGCACCAGGGAACCUUCACAAUUUACUUCCUCCAGACAACUAGAAUAUGGGAAUGGCGAUGUACAUUUUAAUCCGGAAACUUCUUCACAGAACCAGCGGUUUCAGCCAAGCACCCCUCUGUCCCAAAGACCUAUGAUUAGGAAGCUGCCUUCACCACUGCCCAGUCAUUUUCCAUAUCCAGGCCAUGUUCAAUCACAAUCGCAGCAUUCCUAUACACAUCCUCCGUACUCUUUCCCACCUCAACGUGAUGAUGGACGGCGGUAUAGAAAUGAGGAACCAUGGCGUAUGCCUUCAAGUGGACAUAGUGCAGAUAAUCAAAGUGGUGCCUGGAUGCGUGGAAGAAAUUCACAUCCAGGCCUUCCUAGAGUCACAGACACUUUCUUUCGGCCACCUCCAGAACGUCCGCCUUCAGGGACAAUGAGCUAUCAGCUUUCUGCUGCUAGUAACUUACAAGCUGUCCCUGCAAUUCCAGGUCGUGCUUCUUCCCAGAUGCUUCCAUCUCGGCCAGACGUACCUACCACAAAUUGUUGGAGGCCGGCUUGA